CAGAAUAGCAAGGAAAACAAAAUCGUUUCAGAGGAACCAAAUGAAGAUAGGAUUAAAAACCAAUCAGGUUACUCCUGCAACAGUUCUGGCCAAUCAGGGUCGGAUCAUCAGUAUAAAGUCUGGUCCCAGCCCCACUCUCCUAGUUGUUUUCGCAGCAGAGGUGAUCUAGCGAUGGCCCGAACGAAGCAGACAGCUCGCAAAUCUACCGGCGGUAAGGCUCCGCGUAAGCAGUUGGCCACCAAGGCGGCCCGCAAGAGUGCGCCGGCCACGGGCGGCGUUAAAAAGCCCCACCGCUACCGGCCCGGCACGGUGGCGCUGCGCGAGAUCCGCCGCUACCAAAAGUCCACUGAGCUGCUGAUCCGCAAGCUGCCGUUCCAGCGCCUAGUGCGCGAGAUUGCGCAGGAUUUCAAGACUGACCUGCGCUUCCAGAGUUCGGCCGUGAUGGCGCUGCAGGAGGCUUGCGAGGCGUACCUGGUGGGGCUAUUCGAGGACACCAACCUGUGCGCCAUCCACGCCAAGCGUGUCACCAUCAUGCCCAAGGACAUCCAGCUUGCUCGCCGCAUCCGUGGAGAGCGGGUGCUUCACAUUGUAAACUUGUCAGGACGUGGGAAGGGCGGGCAGGGCCUGGGUAAAGGUGGCGCCAAGCGCCACCGCAAAGUGCUGCGAGACAACAUCCAGGACAUCACCAAGCCCGCCAACCGCCGCCCUGCUCGGCGCAGAGGGGUCAAGCGCAUCUCCGGCCUCAUCGAGGAAACCCGCAGGGUACUGAAGGUGUUCCUGGAGAACGUGAUCCGGGACACCGUCACCUACACCGAGCACGCAAAGCGCAAGACGGUCACGGCCGUGGACGUGGUCUACGCGCUCAAGCGCCAGGGCCGCACCCUCUACGGAUUCGGCGAAUGGCCCGCACGAAGCAGAUGGAGGGCUCGCAAGUCCACCGACGGCAAGGCCCCGCGCAAGCAACUGGCCACCAGGGCGGCCCGCAGGAGCGCGCCGGCCACGGGCGGCGUUAAAAAGCUCCACCGCUACCGGCCCGGCACGGUGGCGCUGCGCGAGAUCCGCCGCUACCAAAAGCCCACCGAGCUGUUGAUACGCAAACUGCCGUUCCAGCGCCUAGUGCGCGAGAUCGCGCAGGACUUCCAGACCGACCUGCGCUUCCAGAGCUCGGCCGUGACGGCACUGCAGGAGGCGUGCGAGGCGUACCUGGUGGGGCUCUUCGAGGACACCAACCUGUGCGCCAUCCACGCCAAGCGUGUCACCAUCAUGCCCAAGGAUAUCCAGCUCGCCCGCCGCAUCCGCGGUGAAAGAGCUUAAGACAUUCAGCAUUUCUAGUGUAUCCCCAAAGGCUCUUUUCAGAAUCCCCCUCAGUUGUCAGCAGGAAGGAUCUGUAGUUUCAGAACAUGUGCUAUCCGUGUGGAGAAAAUGCAAGAUGUUCCCAUGAGACAAUUUCUACCUCAGUUGUGUGCUGUGCUAGUGCUGGGCACUUUUUAGGGUUAUGCCUUAAAUUGGGGAGAUUAAUGUUUUGUAUAUUUAAUCCACAGACCCGACUGAUACUCCAGUGACGGGCCGUUUCUUCAUAAGCCUUAAAAAUGAAGCAACCGUUUUAGAGAUCGAAACAUUUUGAAAUAGAAAUUAACCCAUUGUCAACAGUAAGUUUGCAGGAAAUAGUCCUAGUCUUAGGAAAGUUUUGUUCAAGGUCAAUUGAAUGGCAAAAGCAGUUUAAUUUUGCCAAAGUAUUCCAGAACUUAGACCUGCCUGUUUGCUUACAUUUGUUCACGUCUUUAAAUGUGCCUGGGAAGGUGUGAGGUUGGAUUUUCCUUAUUUUAAAGAAUUGUAUUGAUAAUUAAUUUUGAGGUGUCAUUUAAAGUUGU